CGUGGAUCGCCGGCAAGAGUCGAGACGUGCGUGCACAUUCCCAAAACUAUCGUCCGCGAAGGCAGAUUGAACGUCGUGCACGUCGUGAUCGUCCUCGUGCGUCGCUACCGAACGCGACUAGCCGCCUCUCGAACACGGUUCCCGUGUAUUUUACGCGACCGACGCUUGCUCACGCUUGUUUUGUUCGCGAAGGAUGUCGUUGGACCGUGUCCAGUGUCGCGACGCGGAUAUCUGAUCGGUAAACGGGAAGGAAAAGUGUUGAACCGUGUAGCAUAGUGAUAUUGAGACUCGAGUGGAUGGCCUGACAUGACAGUGUAGUGACUUACUUUUGCUUGUUUGUUGUUGAUAUCCGUUGCUGAUAUAUUUCCUUUGGAAACUAGACGAGACGAGAGUCUCAACCACGGCAGCAAAAUUGAGCUGGACUUGCACCAACGGGCCGCCGGCCACUUUAUGAGAGCCGGCGGCAACAUGUGCGACGGCUCGUUCACCGAGACCCUGCGCGGUAUGCAGGGCAUGUCGGGUACGUCGCCACCCGGUGGAGCGGGGGUCGGCCCCAUGGGGGUUGGCCUCGGCAGCCCUCUUGGGCCGACCGCGAAGAAGGCGCAGGUGGAACACAUUAAGAGGCCGAUGAACGCAUUCAUGGUAUGGUCACGAUUACAACGACGGAAGAUCGCGCAGGAGAACCCGAAGAUGCACAACUCGGAGAUAUCCAAGAGGCUCGGUGCCGAAUGGAAACUCUUAACUGAGGACGAGAAACGACCCUUCAUCGAUCAGGCGAAAAGGUUACGAGCACAGCACAUGAAGGAACACCCCGAUUACAAGUACAGACCUAGAAGAAAGCCGAAAACCUUACGAAAGGAAGGUUAUCCUUACAGUAUUCCGUAUCCUAGUGUGCCCAUGGAUGCUCUCCGAGCUGGAAUGGCUGGUGGAAUGGGACAGGCAGGAAUGGGAUCGUAUUAUGGUCCCGCUGCCGCUUAUGGUUCACUAUCUGCAGCCAGCAUGGCCGCAGCCGCUGCUGCAGCAGCACAGCAGUCCGCAGCGGCGAUGUCUGCGGGUCUAGCAGCACCUGCUCAGGUGGUGAGCUCAAUGGACGCCAUGAAGUACUCGAUGGAGGCCGACAAGUACCGAGCUGCAUACAUGCCGCCGAGCACUCUGGCGAUGAGCAUGUACUCCGACCCCAAGUACCUGGACUCGAGUCCAAAAUCGUACCUGGACCGGAGCUAUUUAGACUCCGCGAAGGCGUAUUUCGAACAAUCGAAGCUCUACAUGGAUCAGAAACCUACGAUCACCGACUAUAAUCGGCCCAGUUACGAGCACAACAAGCUUUACGAAGAGUCCAGUCCUGGUAGUAUCGUCGGGGGUGGUCCAACAAGGUCACCAGCCGCAGAGUCUCCGGACAUGAGCAAACAGCACGAGAGGACCGAACAAGGUUCGUCUAGCGCGAGUUCUACGUCUACCUCGUCGGCUGCGAGUCCUGGUGCCAGUCUGCCAGCCUAUUAUCCAGGCUCGGUGCAAACCAGCGGUCUAUUAGGACCCCAGAUGAGCCAAUACAGCGGCUAUCAAACAGCUCCAGCGCCUGGAAACGAAUCGUUCAGACGACCCCUCACUGUCAUCUUCUGACCCGAUAGAACGUAGCUCUGAUCCAUCUUCGAGGAGCAGUUGCCCUGAGUUCGGUCCACCGUUUCCAGAGGUUUAUACAUGUGACAUAGGUAAUGGAUAGACUGUGGGUGUUUGUGUAUACAAAUUAUAGGAAAUAUGCAGAAUAAAAUUUGCAAAAUGUCCAAGUUGAAGUUAAUAUUUGUUAUAGUGCUUGGUAGAUGAUACAAAUCUCUAUUUAGGUUCGUUUCCUUUGAUUUUAGUUAUCGAAGUACGUCCGAAUUUUCAUAAACAUCUGCAGUCUAGUAAUGGAUAUUGAUCUGGCUUCAGAGUGAUUUCUUGCUUUUGAAAGCUGGUUCUUCAAGUUUUUAAGAAGGGAGGAAUUAUAAAAUCACGGAGUUAUGUCUUGAUGACUGGCAUUGUUCCUGUUUUUAAUGAGAAAGAGCAAAGUAAUGGUUUAACUUUUUGCGCUACUAGGUAUCUUUGGCAUCCUAAUAUAUUUUUCUUUUGUCUUCGAGAUGGUUAACACAAGAGUUUUAUCGAAAUUGUUAUAUGUAAUUAAUUAAAUGAAUGAGUCAGUAAUGAUGUGGAGCAUAUAACGAUAUUUUAUUCUGUUUUUAUUUACAUAUCCGUUUAUAUCCUAUUGUUAUACUUUGUUAAUAUGCCAUUCUACUUAUCUCUCUAUAAGAACUUCAGAGAAAGAACAGAUACUUUCUAUAAAAUUAUUUUUCUCAGCUAUCAUUUUUAAAUGCGAGAGUUAAAAUGAAAAUUUAUAGAAUUCUUUGUUUGUCGCCUAUAAUUAUAUUCAAUUUUUCGAAAUUUGUUAGAAGGUAGCUAGUUUUAGGAACAUUAAUUAUUGGUUCAUCCUCAUAAUUCUUAUUUUUGGUAUACACAAUAUAAGUUGAUACACUGAAUUCAGAAUAAUCGAAAUAUAAAGCAUCUACAACAUCUAUAUCUGGUAUAAAGAACAAUGAUUAAAUAAUGCAAGUAACAUAUAGAGAAUCGUCUUUUGACACAAAAAUUCAGAGACCUGUGCAGUAAUUUCAAUCAACAAAGCAAUUGUUGAAUCUCAAGAUGAAAUAUCAAAUGAACCUCCUAGAGUCAUCUUAAUUCUCAAGAAUGAUCUCUGAAGCUGUAACAAGAGAAAACUCGUCCAAAGGAAUAUCUAACGUCUUGGACCAACGAAUAUAUUCACGAAGAAUAUCAUAGUGAAAUCAGGGCUAUCAACGAUGAAGAUCGCUGAAAGCAACAACGAAGUCGAUACUCUCCGUGUUCUAGCCAUCCCCAAGCGUCAGGUUCGACGCGUGACGAUUAUUUAUCGCAAAAAUAGGGUUUCCAUCCUCGAAAUGGAAUUAUAAAGAGAUUGUACAUAGUCCCCGUGUAAAUAGUGUAGCGAGGAUUAUUAUCGCGCACGACGCUCGAAAACGGUUUUCCUUCACUCCCUGUUCCCAGUGUUUUCUUUUUAAUCGACAGAAGCACCUGCAUUUUCGUUCAGGUUAUUUCGAAAGUUUCGCAGUAUAAAGCUAUCAAUUAAUAUUCUUUCGAGUCUGUCACCUUGUCCUUUUUAAUCAAGUUAUUUGAUUUAAAAUAGUUUGAGACAUUUUAUAGAUAUACUUUCACGAGAUAUACUUUUAAGUUCUAAACGUAUCAACUUUUCAAUCGUUCUUUGAUUUUCUUUAAUAUCACUUUCUGAUUCUUUUCAGUUGUUUUUUCAGUGUUUUUCAUAUUAUUUCCUGUAGAAUAUCUACUUGAACUGAAACGAUUUGAAUCCAAAUACAUAAACUGGACUAAUCUGAACGAAGUUUAUUUAGCACACAUAUAAGUAUACAUGUACGCAGAAUCCCAAGGAUCUUUCCUUUUCCUUUACAUCCUGCUUCGACUAUCGAACAUCGAACUCCAAAACGGAAUCGACAUAUCCCUUCUAAUCACCAGUAGCAUUAGGUAAUUACCAAUUCCACGGUAUUUCGUUUCGAACGAACUUACACAGAAACAGAGAGCAGGAUGAGCAGAAAGUUUCGUGCAACGGUACCGUUAAAAGGAGAACGUGAUUUUCGUGCGGUCGUUUGAUUCGUAAUCGCUGUACAUAGACCCCUUCGAUUUGUUAGAAAAAAGUGCGUCGUCACUUCCUCUUCCCACAUUUUCUUGCUUUUUCCCCAUUUUUCAAUCGAGAAAAGGCCAAGAAAAUUUCCUUCGCCUUUCGUUCGUCGUUUAGUAUUAAAAAGAUUUACAGAUGACGACGUGAUAAAAAUUUGUUGUUCGUUUUCGAAUGAGAACUGAUAUAACUAUCCUUUCGUUCCAAUUUUUAGCUAUUUAUUAAUCGUCAGAAUUCUAUUAUAAUAAUAAUUAUUUUUUUACUUAAUAUGUUGACCAUUGAAUGAAUAUAAAUCAACUUGUACGCCCAACGUGCAUAAUGUUCGAUAACCGGUGAAGCAGAUAGUUGAAAAUCGCCAGAGAAUCUGUUAAAUAUUAUCGCUUCUUUCUUGGUUGUUCUCUUUUCUUUUAGUUUUGUGUUUGUUUAAUUCUCCAACGAAAAUACCUAUCUAGUACUUUCUUCAGCUCAUUUUUUCCUUGUUUUCUUUCAAACAUCUCAGUUGUUUUUAAUGUAACCGUUCGGUUGAACGAUUUCACGAGAGAAAGAGUGAGAGUGAAAAAGGGAGAGAGAAAGAGAGAGAGAGAGAAAGAGCUUUUAUAGACGUUUCGCGAACGGAAGAGAAUAGAAAUGUUAGAGAUGACGAAAAAGAAGAAUAAUAGAAUGAGAUACGCUUUCGUGAAACGUCCAUGACCCGCUGUAAUCUUUGUACUUGUAUCGUUACGAUAAACCUCUUAAACUAUACCGAUUAUUCGAGUAUUACGACUUUAAAGCGGCAGAAGUAAUCUAUAAAUAUUGUAUUGUAAGUGAGAAAAGCAGAAAUAAACGUUAAGUAUUAUCCUUCGAA